CCGAGCGAGCGGAUGUGCGUGCCAUGCCAGGCAGCUGAGUCCGGGCAGAGAUGUCCGCCGACGGCCUGUUCUGCAUCCCGGACUCCAAGUCCGGGGCGCCGCCGCCGCCGCCCGUCGAGGCGAUGCGCCGGUACAUGGAGUCGCUGCCCCAAGACCCGGCGCCCCUGAGACAGGAACUGAGAGACCGGAAAUUCUGGGGCGCCGUACGGGCCGAGUUCCUCGCCACGCUCCUGCUGACUGUGCUGGGCUGCGGGGCCAGCCUGCGCACCAAGGCGCCGCCCCCGCCACCCGACGACGCCGCCGUCCAACUGAGGGCGGCGCUCGCCUUUGGCCUGGCGGUGGCGACGCUCGUCCGGUGCCUGGGAGGUGUGAGCGGGGCGCACAUGAACCCCGCCGUGACGGCCGCCCUUCUGGUCACGAGGCACAUCGGGGCGGCACGGGGCGCAGCCUACGUGGGCGCCCAGUGCGCCGGAGCCCUGGCCGGGGCAGCCAUCCUGUACGGGCUGGCGCCCCCAGGGUUAAGGGCGGUCGCCGGAUUGGGGGCGACGGAGCCCCCGCCCUGGGUCGGGGGCGGCGAAGCGUUCGGGCUGGAGUUUCUGGCAUCGGCGGUGGUGGCUAUCACGGUGUUGGCAAACAUGGAACCCGGCAGGGAGCCCCUGGGCACUGGAGCCCUUUCCAUCGGAAUGGCUUACGUCGCGGGACAUCUUCUAGCGAUUAGCAUUGUAAGUAUGGCGUUUGCUCAGUCUGAGAUUCUUCAAAAGGAAGUCUUCCUGUUCGAGAUGCUGGAUGUGGUCCGCUCCGAGCCCAUGAAGCAUCUUAAAUGUAUAGUUUUCCUUCGGCCCACGAAAGAAAACAUAGAGCUCUUGGCCUGUGAAUUGAAAUAUCCCAGAUAUGGACAAUACUAUAUCUAUUUCAGCAACAUAGUGAGCAAAAGUGACAUAAAAAUUCUUGCUGAAGCAGAUGAGACUGAAUCAGUCAGGGAGAUUCAAGAAUUUUAUGGAGAUUUUGUUCCAGUAGCUCCUCAUUUGUUUUCUUUCAACAUUAUUGGCAGUUACCAGGGUAGAUCCUGGAAUCAAAAUCAUCUUUAUCGGUGUGUUCAUGGUCUUGUAUCCAUUUUGCUGGCGCUUAAAAAGAUUCCUGUGAUUCGUUAUCAAGAUUCUUCUGAAAUGGCUCGAAAACUGGCAGAAUCUAUAAAACAAACAAUUGCAAAAGAAAAUGCCCUGUUCGAUUUCCGGAGACCCGAUAUUCCACCACUUUUGCUGAUAUUGGAUCGCAAACUCGAUGUUGUUACUCCUCUUUUAAACCAGUGGACAUACCAGGCAAUGGUACAUGAACUUCUGGGCAUACACAACAACAGAGUGAAUCUGUCUGAAGUACCUGGCAUCAGCAAAGACCUGCAAGAAGUGGUGCUUUCUCCGGAUCAUGAUGAAUUUUAUGCUACUAACUUGUAUUCCAAUUUUGGAGAAAUUGGUGUAAAGAUAAAAGAUCUGAUGGAAGAAUUUCAGAAAAAAACAAUGAGUCAGAAAAAGGUGGAAUCUAUUGCGGAUAUGAAAGCUUUUAUUGAAACAUACCCGCAGUUCAAGAAGAUGUCUGGCACUGUGGCUAAGCAUGUUACUCUCAUCGGAGAGCUGUCGCGCUUGGUGGGUUCCCAUUGUCUGCUGGAGGUGUCCGAGACAGAACAAGAGCUUUCUUGCGAGCAGGACCAUGCAGAGUCUCUCAAGAAAAUCCGCAAAUUGUUAUCAAAUGAUAAAGUGAGAGAAAUUGAUGCAAUCAGACUUGUCAUGCUAUACGCUGUGCAUUAUGAAAAGAACAGUAAUAAUGAUAUAACUGGUCUGAUAGAUGUGUUGAAAAAGAGGAAUACAAAUGAGAAGUUAAUUAAAAUGGUUCGAGCUGUGCUUGAAUUUAGUGGGCACAAAGGUAGUGCCAGUCCCUUGUUCACUACUGAAAAUGUAAGAUCUUUUACCAAGAGGGUCAUCAAAGGAUUGAAGGGUGUGGAAAAUAUUUACACUCAGCACACACCACUGCUGAAAGAAAUCCUAGAUGACAUUAUGAAAAACAAGUUGAAAGAAAUGGCGUAUCCAUACUUGAGUGGGACGCAACUUCGAGAAAGGCCUCAGGAUGUGAUUGUCUUCAUAAUUGGCGGAGUUACUUAUGAAGAAUCUCUGAAUAUUCAUCUGAUCAACAAACAAGCCUCUGGCAUGAGAAUCGUCUUAGGAGGAACUACCAUUCAUAACUUUAAUAGUUUUCUUAAGGAGGUGAAAUCUGCUGAAAGGUUCAGCACGUACAUCCAUGAUUAGUUUUAGUUUAGAAAGGUUGCUGUUAUGAGGAAAAAAUCAUUUUAUUAUAAAUCAUUCAUUAUUUAUAUAUUUUAUCUUGUUAACAUAUUGAAGUCUAUUAAACAAACAUUCCUUUAAAAGUGCGUUUUCAUUUCGUUAACAAAAUCUUU